AAUUGACGUCUACAAGUUGCAUUGGUAUUUUAGCCAUGGUAUGGCCAUCAACUGUGUUCCCCAAACAGUUUGCACUCAUUGGAGGUGCUGCUGCUGCCAUCUGUGCGGGUGUUUACGUGUUUUUUGGGCCCAGCGAUAAGGAAAGGUCAAAACGAAAAGCAGUUUGUCCUGGUUUGGAGAAUCUUGGCAACACAUGUUUCCUGAAUGUUGUGCUGCAGUCACUUGCUGCUUGUCCGGCCGUGGUCAUCUGGCUGGGCAAGUUCCUCUCACAAGGUGCAGCGCUCAGUGGUACAGCAGCUCAGGACUACUUGGCCGCAACCAUUUACAAAGUGCUUAAAGUGUUGAACAACAACUCUGAGGAUGUGUGCGACCCAUACAGUCCAGUAGCUGUGAUCACUGCCCUGAGAUCUCGCAGAUGGGUCAUCUCUUCUGAAGAACAGGAUGCUCAUGAGCUGUUUCAGGUGCUGACUCAGACUCUGGACGAGGAGACCAGUCGAUACCCGAGUGUUGUCUCGCUCUUUGAUGUGAAAGCUUUACAGAACCCCCUGAACAGGUAUCAGCCUGAUGGCAUGGCGUUCACCAGGAGUGGCAGUCUUCUGCCAAUUCUUCCUCAGCGGGACAUGGAGCACCCGUUCCGCGGUCUGCUAGCCAGCCAACUGGACUGUCAGCACUGUGGAUUCCACUACCCUGUCAAGUACGACCUCUUUGACAGCCUCUCUCUUAGUCUGCCAAAGGGAUUCUGGGGAUCUUUGAGUAUUGAUCAGCUGUUACGCCAGUUUAUUUGUCCGGAGAUCAUUGAAAGUGUUAUCUGUCCGGAGUGUGCUAAAAAGAAUCCGUGCAAGAAGACACAAGAUGCUCCAUCGUCUGUUUUCAGAAAAAAACUCACACUGGGGAAAUUGCCUCAGUGUCUUUGUCUACACAUUCAGCGAACCCAGUGGAUAAACAACAGUGUUCCUGUCAAGCGUUACGAUUACAUCUCUUUCCCAGAAGUCUUGUCAAUGGAUGAAUAUGUGUACACGAAAAACAGUCGCAAAGAUGUUGAUAAUCGCCACGGAUUGUUUGGUGGAAAGGACACUACAUUAGACUUACUACGGUUUGGAACGAGCACUGGUCGUGUUGUUGGCACGUCAGCGCCGAUGAACCUGCUGCGCACCCUGCAUCACGACAGCCACACCAUCAGCGGGCUGUCUCUACGCCACGAGCUCACCACCAGCCACGGGGAUGUCAAUCACAACGGGCCAGUGGUCAAGGCCAGGGCGGAGUUCACCUACAAAUUAGCUUCAGUGAUAGCCCACAUCGGAGACGAGUUCUCAGGCCAUUUUGUGGCAUACCGCCGAACCCCGUCUCUCAGGGAUGGGAAGUUGGGCGACAAGUGGAUGUAUACGUCGGAUGCCACGGUGCGAAAAGUGUCCAGGGAAGAGGUGCUUGGAUCGGAAGCCUACAUGCUGUUCUAUGAGAGGGUGUAAGUCCCCAGAGGGCCAACUUUUAAAAUCAAAACAAAAAACAUUAUGAUUUGCUGUAACUUACCAUUGGGCUAUUUCUCUUUCCAGCCAGUGCACCACGACUGGUAUAGCAAAGGCUGUGGUAUGUGAUAUCCUGUC